UUUGAAAACCAAUGAGAAUCUACUCAACCAGCCGAAAAAUCGCCACCGAUAAAUCAUAAACGAUCCUUCUUUAUAAACCAACGACUCUCAAGUCCUCUUCAUUUCCACAAUACCUCCAACCACGAUGAGGCCACUACCAGACCUCCUCCUCCUCCUCUUCACGGCGGCUCUCCUCCUGCUAACAUACGCCAUGCCUGCCUUAUCCGCCACUCGUUGUCCCAACUGCGGCUCCACCCCAGUGCCCUACCCUUUCAGCACGGGGUCCAAUUGCGGCGACCAAUCGUACAAGAUACGGUGCGACGCAGGUACACUCAUGUUUGACACGCUUAAUAAUUCGUACCCAAUCACUUCCAUCAACCCUUCCAUCCAACGGCUCGUGAUACGGCCUGCAAGUCUCUUACCAAACACUUGUGUCACGUCCGAUUUUGUCAACCAAGGCAUCCAGAUGAACAGCUCACUCCCUUUCAACAUCACCGGCGAUAAUACUAUCAUGUAUUUGAACUGUACGGAAUCGCUGCUAAGAUCGCCGUUGAAUUGCUCGGCGAACAGUUUGUGCCAGACGUACGUUAACGACGCUAGAUCAGUGUCGCCGUGUCAGGACGCUUCGAUCUGUUGUACUUUCAAGGCUGGCGGUGGCACGACGUCGUAUAUGAUCCGGGUGAGAGAAGCAGGGUGUAUGGCCUACACGAGUUUUGUUAACUUGGACCCGAGUUUGCCCGUAGGUAGGUGGCCAAGCCCUGGAGUGGCUAUCCAGUGGGUACUACCUCAGGAACCUCUGUGCGUGGCUCAGGCUAGCUGCGAUAGGAACUCGACCUGCGGUCCUGAUCCACUCAGCACUGGGGUUAAGAGGUGCUUCUGCAAUGGUGGGCUUCGAUGGGAUCCGAUUCAAGGCAUUUGUGUUGAAAAUGUGACGUGUCAAGAUCCUGACGGCUGCGGAGGAUCAUCAAAGACUGCACUUAUAGCUGGUUUGACCUCUGGCCUAGGUGCAGCAAUCUUGAUAGGCACCAUUGCCAUUCUCCUCUACAGACGCCACAGGCGCAUUACAGAAGCUCGAGAACGUCUGGCUAAGGAGCGUGAAGAAAUCCUAAAUGCAGGAGGAACUAGAGCAGCAAAACUCUUUACAGGCAGAGAAAUAAAGAAAGCAACCAAUAGUUUCUCUAAGGAUCGCCUCCUAGGUUCUGGCGGCUAUGGUGAAGUCUAUAAAGGAGUUCUUAAUGAUGGCACUCUUGUAGCCAUCAAGUGUGCCAAGCUUGGAAAUACCAAAGGCACUGACCAAGUUCUCAAUGAGGUUCGAAUUCUAUGUCAAGUCAAUCACAGAAGCCUUGUGGGCUUGCUGGGUUGCUGUGUUGAGCUUGAGCAACCCAUCUUAGUUUAUGAAUAUAUUCAAAAUGGAACUCUUCUUGAUCAUUUACAAGGUGGUGGAAGAGGACAAUUAUCUUGGAUACAGCUUCUCGGAAUUGCUCAUGAUACUGCUGAGGGUCUCUCUUACCUCCAUUUCUCAGCUGUUCCUCCAAUUUAUCACCGAGAUGUGAAGUCUAGCAACAUACUUCUCGAUGAAAAGUUGAAUGCUAAGGUUUCAGAUUUUGGGUUGUCAAGGUUAGCUCACAGCGAUUUGAGUCACAUAUCAACUUGUGCUCAAGGUACACUUGGGUAUCUAGAUCCUGAGUACUACAGGAAAUAUCAGUUAACUGAUAAGAGCGACGUUUAUAGCUUUGGAGUUGUGUUGUUGGAGCUUUUGACAUCCAUGAAAGCAAUAGAUUUCAGUAGAGGAGAAGAUGACGUGAACUUGGCAGUUUAUGCACAGAGAAUGGUGGAGGAGGAGAAAUUAAUGGAUAUAGUUGAUCCAUUGCUAAAAGAGAAAGCGACGACAGUGGAGCUUGAGACCAUGAAGGCAUUGGGCUUUUUGGCUUUGGGUUGUUUGGAGGAAAAGAGACAGAAUAGGCCUUCCAUGAAAGAGGUUGCUGAAGAAAUUGAGUACAUUAUGAGUAUUGCAAUGGCAAAGAACGUAGAAAGCUGAAAGCUAGCCAGCUUAGCCAUUCUUGGAACAACCAUGUGAACAGUGGUUGGGGUCCAGGUAUAAUACUUGAGUAUAAUUAUGAGAAUGUGAUAUUGACUUCAUAAGUAUAUUUUAUAAGCACUUUGAUUUUAAACAGGUCUCGUGUCUUGAAUUAUAAUGCAAUGAAAAUAUUUUAAUU